AUGGAUUUGGAUCUAGAUGUUCCGAUGCAUGAUGCUAUCGAAGAUCAACCAGUUACACAGGAUGAGGACAAGAAUAGUGGCAAUGAAAACGAACUGACCGCGACAACGACCAGUGUGGACGAGGAUGAAGAGAAAGACGAUUUCAAACCUGGAUCAUCUGGUAUAGCGGAUCAUAAAUCCGCUAAACCAUUGGAAUUGAACAAUUCAAACAUCAACCAGUUGGACCAGUGGAUCGAUUACCUAGGCAAAUGUCAAAUACUUUCGGAAGAUGAUGUGGCCAGGUUAUGUAAGAUGGCCGUGGAUGUCUUACAAUUUGAGGAAAAUGUCAAACCAAUCAAUGUUCCUGUGACGAUAUGUGGUGAUGUUCAUGGUCAAUUUCAUGACUUGAUGGAGCUGUUUAGAAUUGGUGGACCUUGCCCUGACACUAAUUAUCUAUUUAUGGGUGACUAUGUGGAUAGGGGUUAUUACUCGGUGGAGACAGUGUCCUAUCUAGUGGCGAUGAAAGUAAGAUAUCCCCACAGAAUAACGAUACUGAGAGGUAACCACGAGUCGAGACAGAUCACGCAGGUUUACGGGUUUUAUGACGAAUGUUUGAGGAAAUAUGGGAGUGCCAGUGUCUGGAAAAUGUUCACUGAUCUGUUUGACUAUUUCCCAAUCACCGCAUUAGUAGAUAACAAAGUGUUUUGUUUGCAUGGUGGCCUAUCUCCAAUGAUUGAGACCAUCGAUCAGGUGAGAGAGUUGAAUAGGAUACAAGAGGUACCUCAUGAGGGACCAAUGUGCGACCUGUUGUGGUCAGAUCCAGAUGAUAGAGGAGGGUGGGGUAUUAGUCCCAGAGGUGCAGGUUUCACUUUUGGUCAAGAUAUCAGUGAACAAUUUAAUCAUACCAAUGAUUUGUCGCUGAUUGCAAGAGCUCAUCAACUGGUUAUGGAGGGAUACGCUUGGUCACAUCAACAAAACGUUGUGACCAUCUUUAGUGCUCCAAACUACUGUUAUAGAUGUGGUAAUCAAGCUGCUAUCAUGGAAGUGGAUGAAAAUCAUAAUAGACAAUUUUUGCAGUACGAUCCAUCAAUUAGACCUGGUGAACCUACCGUAAGUCGGAAGACACCGGAUUACUUUUUGUGA